GUGGCGUCGUCUGCUGCAAUGUUUACAAACUGACGGGAGGAGGACGAGGCUCGUCAACUCGCGAUGCUGCAGCGAAGAGAUAUUGACAGUGUGGGCAGUGACGAGGCUGUCAUUGCCACCAAUGAUGACGCCAGCUCUUGUAAGAGAUGUGCCGUAGCACUAGGCUAUUGGCGGGAUCGCUACAUCAACUAUUUCGUCAGAUCUACAGACCGCAAGGCUCCAGAAAUCAACCGAGGUUAUUUCGCCCGCUCUGUGGCCAUCAAGAUGCUCGUGGACAAGUUUAUCGAGGUUACAAAUGGCAACUGUCAGAUUGUAAACAUUGGUGCUGGUUUUGACACGCUGUACUGGAGACUAGUGGAUGAGGGCAAGACAGUUAAGGGUUUUGUGGAGUUUGACUUCCCAGGUGUGACAUCCCGCAAGUGUCUCUAUAUCCAACGCACCAAACAGCUGCUCCAAGCUGUCAGUGAUGAGGACUAUGAUGUAAAGCUCAAUCGUAACAAUCUUCAUGGCCAUACCUAUAAGUUGACUGGAGUGGACUUGCGUAAUCUGACGGAUGUGGAGGCCAAGGUGAAGGAGUCUGACCUGCAGUAUUCACUCCCUACACUGUUCCUGGCUGAGUGUGUCCUUGUUUACAUAUCCAUACAGAAGUCCUCGCAGCUUCUCAAGUGGAUUGCUGAGAAAUUCAAGUCUGCACUCUUUAUUAACUAUGAGAUGGUGAACCUUGGAGACAGAUUUGGAGAAGUAAUGCUGAGUAAUUUGCGUUCCCGAGGAUGUGAUCUUGCAGGAUCUGAGGCCUGUCAGAGUACUGAGACACAGCGCAGAAGGUUCCUGGACAACGGCUGGGCGGGAGCUGACUCAUAUGACAUGAUGGGUGUGUGGGCCCGUCUUCCUCCAGAGGAAAUUGCACGUGUAACCCAGAUUGAACUGUUGGAUGAGCAAGAGUUACUUCAUCAGCUGUUCACUCACUAUGCCAUCACCACUGCCUGGACUGAUCAUCGCUGGUCAGAGGUGCAGCUGUAGCGGGAGUGUGUCUUCACCCUUCCCUGCAAACUGUCUGGAGAGUCCCUUAUUUGUGGUGGCUGGCCAGAGCCUUUGGUGUGUGUCACCCUAAGGCAGCACACACCCUCCUGGCUUAGCCUGGUCUGGCCUGCCCCCUCCCUCCCAUACUUGCCUUGUGAGUCUCUUGCACUUUGGGAUGACACCACUAGAGGCGCACAUCACCACCACUACCAGUAACACUUUAUUGCUGUCAGGCACAUCAGCUCUUUCACACACAUCAGCAACUUAAGAUUUGCUCCCUCAAUUCAAUGAAACAUUAGUCUGUUGCCAGCAGACUAAUGUUUAACUGUCCUCAAACAGUUGUUUUUGGAGAACUGCUCAUGAGUAUGAGAUAUAACUACCUGGUUGUGCUUAUAAAAUCUAGCUAGAAGUUUGUAUUUGUGCUGCUGGUGCUGUGCUCUCUCUGGCCUUGUUGUCUCACAGCUCAGGCAAAGGUGGCUUCCAGCAGCAGCCUUUAAAUAAAAUCUGUGGAAAACAGUAUUUAUAAGAUGGAGAGGUAGCUGAAUGGCAACAGUACCUGUACAAGGUGCUACACUAGGUUGUGAGAGCCAGUGGUGAGAAAUUGUACUUCAUUUUCAUUUAUUUGCUUUCAUAAGCUGCAAUGUUGGGAUUCCAACUAAACAUUUGAUUUGCAUUUAGAGGCAUUCCAUCACAGGCCAGUUGAUUACAGGUGCCUCUAUGAUGAGUGUUAAGGGGCUCCUACCUCCACACCCUCAUCUUCAUGGUGAUCAGCCCUGUGUCAUAAUUCUUACCUCUGUUUCAUAGUUGUUUGUCUUCCCUGUCAUACUUUUUAUUAUUAUUAUUAUUAUUAUUAUUAUUAUUAUUAUUAUUAUUAUUAUUAUUGUAGGGUGGGACACUGCUGGCUCCUUUAGUGCUGACUGGUUGGUAAGAGACAAUAAUGGUACAGUAUAUGUUAAAAAUAUAAGAACUCUAAGGUUUUCAAGUGAUAUACAUAUAAAUAUAUAAAUAUAUAGUAUAUAUAUAUAUAUAUAUGAAAUAUAUAGCCUCUAUGGAGCUUUGUUAUUCUUAAUGGAUAAAACUAAGUGUUUAUUUUUACUACAGAAAAUGAUUUCCACAACAGUCAGAUAUUCCUUUGUUUAUUUGUUGCUUGUAGCGAGUGAGGUGUGCUGGGCCAGCUCCCUGCCCGACACAUUAAAGCUCAUGAGCACAGAGCUGGCUUUUGGCCAUGUAUGCAGCUGUCUAGGAUGCCAUUGUCUGGAAGAGAGAGCCCUUAGUGUAAUGAUGGGGUAAUGUGAUAGACCAUGACAGUGUUGGUUGAGGGAGGGUUACUAAAUCCGUAUCUUCUCUAUGGCAUGAAAAUAGCAAGAGCUGGCUCUGCAUGAACACCUAGAGUUGCUGUGCUCUAAGAUUGAUGUAUCCUCAGUGUCUAAAACUGUAGUUCCCAGUGUUUUCAGUGUCAUAUAAUAUUGUGUUCUUUUGUAGAAUGUUGGGUGAAGGGAAGCAAUAGAUAUAAGUUUGUUGAUAAAUUUCAAUUGUGGCUUGUGAUACAUUUCUCCCAUUUUAGAAAGUAAUAAAUAAUUUUGUUUCUUCAUUCAUAGAUAUCCACAUUGCAAUAUACCCAGUUAGAUGGCUCUCAGUGGUCUCUGUUGUUGGAUAUUUCAUUCCAGGUAGCUUUCUUUUUUCAUGUAAAUGAAAAGAUGAACAAGUCAUAAGUGACCUAGAGCCAGUGUAAACACAUCGGUCACAGUACUUCCAUUUUCUUGUCUGUUAUUGGUUCCAUUACAUGUUUCUUGUCAUCCAUCCACAACUCUAUGUACUCAACUCAUGCAUUAUGUUGUAGUUUCACUAACGUAAUAUCUUUAAGUUGCUGCGCUGGUGUCAUAAAGCAAUUUGUUGUCACUGUUAAAGUUUAAGUCAGGCAGUGAUGUGUUGAGUGGCAUCAUAGCCUGCAGGCUGGUGUUUUGUAUGAUGUUGAAUUGUUUGCCUUCGUUGAUGAGGGGAUCCAAAGUCAAUGCUAAUCUUCCAGGUGGAGUGAACUGUCUGAAAUCUAUUUUAUGUACAGUUCCAUGACUCCAUUUCUGUUCCUCUUGCCAGCCUUACUGCAACUGCAAGUGAAUGUGCUAUGCUUCUCCAGUAUUUUAAAUUAGGCCUCUCUUCCUGUACUUAUUAUGUCUAGAGUAAAUGUGUAAAACCAGUAUGUACACUUGACUACUUAUUGGCACAGUGACUUUUCAGGAUGUAAAAUGGAACUAAUUUGGCUGUUCUACUUAUUGGGAAUAAGUACAUCACUGUCUCAAGCAACUAAUUGACUUUGAGGCUUCCAUGGAGUGUUUGGAUGUCACCAGUCUGAACAGCAUUCAUUCACAUGAGGCUACAUUGAUAAUUUCAUUACUAUUGAAUGUCUUGAUGGAUUUUUAUGUGGUCAACUCCAAUGCCAUAAUGUGCAUCCCUUCCCUCCCCUCUCCAUUGAGGUAAUCCAUGUCAUGGGAUACUUGUUUCAUAAUUUUUGUAUGAUCCAGGAUAAAGGCAUUAUGGAUGUUUGUUGAAAUAAAAACUCUUGAAAGUUCAA